CGCAAAUUUGUAUAUAAGUGCAAAAAUGAGCGGCGAUCCUGCGCAGCCUGCGGCGCCCUGAAAGACCCGAGGAAUUCAACAGGUACCUACAGACAUUCAGCAGCUCCCUGUCCUGCAGCGUGGAUGUGCAGCUUUGAAAGAGAUCCAAACUGCCUGAGUUCAUGAUGUCUGAUGGAUUGAUUUAAACGAACUCACGGUGGUUCAGCAUCUGGAAUAUUAAAUCUGGGAGAAAUUCAUAGCGCUUUAGGACAAAGAAACGCUCAUUGCUGCUUUGAAUUAAACAAACUUGCACAUCCCUUGUGCAGCACCAGUCCCCUUCAUCAUGAGGAGGUCUCUGCCUUUAUCUUGCUGGUUCAGAGCAGCAGGCUUGAUCUUCUGCCUGAGCCAGAGCGCUGUGGCAAUGGUCCUCGCAAACUCCACCCGGCUCGACUCAAUCCUGGACAAGUAUAAGGGCAAGGACGGAGAGUGGUGGAGGGCAAGGUCGAGGGGGAAGAGGGCCAUCAGCGAAGAAGACAAGCACCUCAUACUCAACCUGCACAACAAGCUACGGGGACAAGUCUACCCUCCUGCCUCCAACAUGGAGUACAUGGAAUGGGAUUAUGAGUUAGAGAGGAGCUCAGAAUACUGGGCGCAUACCUGCCGAUGGGAGCAUGGCCCAAGCCACAUGUUGACACAAAUUGGCCAAAAUCUUGGAGCUCACUGGGGCAGAGACAGACCCCCAACCUACCAUGUCCAGGCCUGGUAUGAUGAGGUGAGGUACUACAGUUAUCCAUACACCCAGGAGUGUAAUCCACACUGUCCAUUGAGAUGUUCUGGGCCUGUUUGCACUCACUACACUCAGUUGGUGUGGGCCACCAGCAAUCGUAUUGGUUGUGCCAUCAACGUAUGUUACAACAUGAAUGUUUGGGGAAUGAUCUGGGCCAAAGCAGUUUAUCUGGUCUGCAACUACUCUCCACCGGGAAACUGGUGGGGUCAUGCUCCAUACAAAUACGGCACACCAUGUUCUGCAUGCCCAGCCAGCUAUGGUGGUGGCUGCAGAAACAACUUAUGUUACAAAGGGGGCGGCGUUGAAAGGCAUCAAGCUCCUGAAACUGAGGAGAACAACUACAUUGAGCCAGAACCAGUUCGAGACGGAGAGCCCGAACCGAGGGUCCAAACUCCAAACCCAUCACCUAAUGAGAACACUGAGAGAAACCAAGUUGUCAGUACAGAGCAGAUGUCCCAACAGGUUGAAUGUGAGACCAAACUGAGGGAUCAAUGCAAAGGAACAACCUGUAAUAGAUAUGAAUGCCCACCUGGUUGUUUUGAGCGGCCUGGAAAAGUAGUUGGGACUGCUUAUUAUGAUAUGCAAUCCAGUGUGUGUGGAGCUGGGCUACACUCUGGGGUCAUUGACAAUGAUGGAGGAUGGCUGGACGUGACCCGACUGGGCAGAAAACUAUUUUUUACCAAAUCUUACAAGAAUGGUAUCCAGUCUAUUGGGAAAAAUAGAAGUGCUAAUUCUUUCAAAGUGGAGUCUGUACCGGUUAAGGCAGUAAGAUGUGAUACAACAGUGGCCCUUUUCUGUCCUUUCAAGAAACCCAUUCGACACUGUCCCAGGUUGUAUUGCCCCAGGAACUGCUUGGAUAACAAUCGAGCUCGAGUCAUUGGAACAAAGUACUACUCAGAUAAAUCCAGCAUCUGCAGAGCAGCUAUUCACGCAGGAGUAAUCCAGAGUGUUUCAGGAGGUUACCUUGAUGUGAUGCCAGUGGACAAACGGCAGCAGUACAGUGGCAGUUACCAGAAUGGGAUCACCUCAGAAAGCCUACUGAACCCCACAGGAGGAAAAGCCUUCAGAGUUUUUGCAGUCAUCUAAGAAAAAGCCCUCAAAGGACAAAUUACCAAAGCUUAUAUCUGAGAAGCCCACCCACCCUGAAAUUAGAACCUAUAAUUUUGCCCUGGAGUAAAUAAUUUAACUUGUCUUACUCUAACACUAAAGGUUUUACAUGUAUUUUUCUCAAGGGUUUGCUUGUUUCUUAGGUCAUCGCCGAACUGCUGUUCAGUCAGCCUGUGGCAAAUGAUUUUUCAGAAUUAAAGUCUUUUAAAACUUUAAAGAACUUUAAAGUCUUUUGGACUCUUACAGAGUUAACCACAGAAUACACAUGUGUCUGCAAUGCAUUUUUGGCUGCCAUGAUAUCAUGACAUGCUUUUUAAUACUUAAAAAUAAAUAUUACAUAGCCAGACUACACCAGUCCAACAUGUAAUUUCAGAGCUUGAAGGUUAGUCUGAUAUCAUCGCUUUUAGUCGAGUCUUUAAGUCAUUUUCUAUUUAGAGAUACAGCAACUAAAUAAGAAAAAUUAUUCUGGCAUUAAAAUAAGAUGCAUGGUUAAAAAAUCAAACUAUAGUUGGAGUUUGAGUUUUUGUUAAUUCAGAUCAUUUGUAUUAAAAUGUGUAGAAACAUACAAAAAAUGCCUUUAGUAUAAGACUGGUCUAAGAAGUUACACACAGCCAAUGCAGUUUUGGCCAACAUGGGCAUCGAAGUCAUAUUAACUUUGGACUUUUAUUGAUUUGUUUGAAACAUUAUUUUUCCAUGUUGAAAUGAUCACACAAUGUACAACGUCUGAUUUUAAAGAACAAGAAGCUGAUCCACACGGGGUCGAAAUUACAAAGUGUAAUGUAAAUAUCUUUACAAGGUCCUUAGCAAGUUCCACCACAACAACGCACUUCAUGACAUCAACAAGCUUGUGGCAUAAUUCUGGCUGGAUUUUGACAACUUUUUUUUAGAGUUUUAAAUUGGUUGGUUUUCUGGCACAGAUUCAGGAACCUCUAACCCAAAUCCUUCCAAAACUAGUUUCAAUCAUUGCCCUGUUGUAAAACUCAGUUGCCUCUAAAACAUCUGACUCAAACUGUCACCUUCGGAUGAAAGAAUUUUUUUUUAAAGAUUUCCAGUAACAACCUGGGAAUCACUAAGGCUCAGGUAUAUUAUGAACUGGGAAGUCCUAGAACACCAGUGUCGUUGUACACAGUGAAAUAAGUUUAACAUCAACAUAGCCUGAGCAGGAGCCAAGCAAGAAAGAAAGCUGUGUUUAAAAAUCAAUACAAGAUCAAAUUGCAGUUUCAACUGCCUACAUGGAGAAGCCAAAUGCUUUCUAGAGGAAGCUUUUAUGGUCAGAUGAGACAUAAAAGAGACCUUUAAAGCUGAGAAGUGUGUACCAACUGUCAAGCAUGAUGGUUGUAGCAUGAUACUGUGGGCUGUUGCAUUCCUAUUAAUGCACUGUGCAUGUAUAAUGAAGGAGGAUUACCUCCAGACUCUUCAACUUUACCUCAAAUCAGGAGAAGGAUGGAUGAAACUUGGACAUCUGGGUGUUUCAAACACUGAAUAAGGCAGACUAGAUUCUGGAUUAGCUAAAACCUCAACCCAAUUAAAAGCGUGUAGAUUAUGGUUCAAAGCCAAGUGCAUGGCAGGAAAUGAAAUAAUUUAAAUGAACUCUAUAAGUCCUUUUAAGAUGAAUGAUCUGAUAUCCAUACAGAGUUAUGCCAAACCUUUGUUAAUGGAAACAAGAAACAUGUGGAAUAGAUGUAAUUUGCAAAGGAAUAUUUGUCCAAAUGUUAAAGGUGGUGUGUGUACAGAUUUUAGCCUCACUGGAAAAAGGUUUUAAAUAAAACACUAGAAGCCCUAAUGUUUUAAUUCAUGCCAAUUAUGAGUAUAUGUUAACUUUUGACAGGUAUGUUAAAUAAAUACAGUAAUAUAUGUAUAUUUUAACUUUAGGAAAUCUAAUGUUUUAAUGGUUUCCCAUGAAAUUCAUUGCUGCCACUUAUUACCAUGCAAAGGUUGACUGUCAGAGUUCACAGUGGGAAACAUCUCUACCUACAGAACAUCAGGUUAAAUACAUACUGCUGUAUGGAAACAUUACCUGGAGUUAAAAUGCAUAUUGUAUAUUUGUGUACAUAAUAUUGUUGUACAUAAUGCUUCAAAGGUGCUUGCAAUUGAUGUUUAUUUUUGUUUAGAUCUUUCCAAGAUUUUGGAGGCUGUACAAAAAAAGUACUAAAUGCUAAAAGUCAAAACAAUCUUUGCAUGCAAAGCUAUAUAUUUGCGACUUAUGCUUUUGGUUUUUUUAAAAGGAGAAAAUCUUGCCUGUUGUCACAUUUGUAUAAAAACUGUAAAAUAUUUUGUAUUUUUUGCUAUAUUUGUCAGCUUCUGUUUAAUCCUGGCUGGCCAGGAUCAUGCAUGGCAGAAUCAUGAUUAAAAGACUUCAAACCUU